AUGUCCUCAGCCGUUGCAGCUGUCGCAACCGGCGAAGCGGGUGCAUCAACUCUUCCAGAGACGGGGGCAGGGGACAAAACAGCCGAGAUCAGUGGCGCCAACGCAGAUGCACCAAGCAGCUCAGGUCUAGGAAGCCAAGGGCGGAAAGUUAGCACGCAGGACAUACAGCUUGUGCAAAAUCUCAUAGAACGAUGCCUUCAGAUGUACAUGAGCCAACGAGAGGUGGUGGUGUUCACAUUACAGCAGCAGGCCCAGAUAGAGCCAGGCUUCACACAGCUGGUGUGGCAGAAAUUAGAAGAGCAGAACCCGGACUUCUUUCGAGCAUACUACACGCGGCUCAAGUUGAAGGACCAGAUCGUGCUCUUCAACCAUCUCCUAGAGCAGCAGGUGGCCAUGUUCCAAAAGAUGCAACGCCAAUGGAUGGCUCCCUCAGGUGAGAACACACUGCACCAAACCUUCUAA